AUGGAAGGGCCUUACAUACUGGCCUUGCUACAGAAGAAGGAGUUAUCAAGCUUCCCCGCCUUUCUAAACGGGAAUAGUCAUGAGCAAUCGCUCUUGCCCUUCAUCCACAGACUUACCUAUUCUCACCUCCUAAGAAAGGUCCCGCCGCCAUUCGACCCUCGAUCACUACGCACACUGGUAAUAGCAAGUACCACACAUGAUGCAAACAGAACUUUUGCCUCUUGA